CCUCCGUGUCGUAUUUCAGAAGUAAAGGGUUUGUGUAGUUGUUUAUACCGUUAUUAGGAAAGUGAUUAUUGCUUUUUUGAAAUAAUAUCUGACGUACAGUUUUACAUGUUGGAGUCAGUGCAUGCAGUCGAAAUGGGAUGUCAACAUUGAUUGGGUGUUAUGGCUGCCGUGACGCCGGUCAAACUUUGUUAAUUUCCUGAAACCUAUUGAUCUUUCUGAGUCUUUUAGCUUUUCCUCCUGUUGGCUGAAAAACAAGCUCUAAUGUGGAGCCUUUGAUGCAGCAACUAAUUGCUGUCAUGUGAUUUGACAAAGCAGUUAUCUCUUUGUCUGAAGAUUUCUGCGGUUGUCGGGACUUCUCAGUAUAUAUCCUCCGCAGGCAUCUCUUUUAAUGUCUGUUGCCAUAGCAACGGGCAGCAGCUGCAGACAGAGCAAGAUGUAAAGUUCUUUUUUUCUUGUCUCACCUUUGAAAACCGGUGCUGUUCAAAUGUGUAUAUUUAGUAGAUAAAAAACCAGUAGACUUGAUAAGUGCAUGGUUGUUUGCAGGGUGUUUUCCUUAGACAGGGUGUUUUUUCUUUACUAGACAGUCUUUGUCUACGCGGAGCGCGGCAGUCUCCGAGAAUCAGGGUUGUUUCAGGUCACCUGUCUCCCCCUCCCCAUUCUGUGUGUUAGUCUUGUGCGAGUCGCCGCAGCCCCGCUUGUCCUGAUCUCACCUUUUAUCAACGGCAACUACCACCUUCAUCAGUCAUGCUGAUGUGCCAUUAUCAGGAAUGACUGGAUAAAUGAGAUUAUCACACUGGUGUCACUCUGUGCAGCUGGCCCGCCUUCAGGCCACUAAUCACUGAUCAUUAGUUGUGCUGCUUGUGACAGUCUGUUCCUUUUUUGCUCUCUGUGUGUAGGUGACUCAGGAUUUAUCCUCAUGUAGAGGGUCAUUUUCUCUGCAGUCACCUGACCUACACUGUGCUCUGUGCACUAAAACAUUCUCAGGCACAGCUAAGGUUAAGUCUGCUCAUAGAGCAUUUCAGCAUCCCUGUGUGUAAUAAGAACACAGCUGGAUUGUUCUCUAUAUUGUCUCUAAGAACUUCUCCCUCUCAAGACUAACUUGUGUUGUUAUUAGAGGUGCGAUUGUGUUGGCGAUUGUGUGGCAUACUUCUUUACUGAUUUCUGGCAGUGGGUGAGUGUGACUGGAUCCUCCAUGGUGCUUUUUGGCCAAGACCAGAUGGAUGACUAGGUAGAAUUGCUAGACAAUCCCUCUGUGGUGCUAGACUGGUGUAGGCGACUGUUCCUUUGCCAUGCAGUCAGCGCCCACUACAAGCUGGUGGAAAGUUCAACCUCCUCACUUGGCGUCACUGAAACAUCGUUGCCAAUUUUACAACGUCGUGUAAGUGGUGUAGGCAAAGUAGCGUAAAUCUUGCUCUCUUUUCCAGGGAGUAAUAGUCAAGAUGUUUUAAAUAUGACAGGUGUGUAAACAGCUGCUGCAGGACUGUAGGUGUAGCCUUACCUUCUACUGAGGUCAAACUGCUGCAGAUUUUUUUUGUUUGUGGGACACUGCGAGAGACUGUUCCAGUAAACACACUGUUGUUUGCCUUCUAGGUUGGACUAUGCAGAAUACGAGAUGUUUCGUGGCGUCUGUACAGUAGUACGUAAUAGAACUUGAGAGCUGACCUGCUGCUUGAUAAGCCCUGCCUUAGAUAAAGAAGGAAGCGGUUCCAGAGUAUGUAACACUUGGCUUGUUCAUAUCAUAUGGGGCUGUGUCAACACUCUCAGGUAACUGACUAUAGUCUGGGCUUUUUAUUGUGAACCAGGCAGUGUUAAGGUAACAGUGUGAGAAGAGAGGUGCAAAGAACAAAUUCAACACGGUGCAGUUUUAAUUGAGCUUCUCCAGCUUGGUGAGUGAGUUCACGUUCAACUCUGACGAGCCUCCGUAACCAUUCAGGGAACCCUGGGUUGAGAGCUCAAAGCAGACAACUCAGGUCUCAUUACCAUCAUAACAAACCCACCGGUAGUCGUCAUCAGCCAAUGACCUACAUUCUCUGGUGUUACAUCACCACCGUGCUACUGCAGUGUGUGUCACUGUACCAGACACAGACAUCUCAGACUCAACCUACCACUAUCUAAUGGUGCUCCAUAAAAAAAUAAACUAACCAAGGUGACCAGUCUUAGGAAACACACCUGAACCAAGGCAGCCUCACUUGUUUUAGCCAUAUCAGGAACUUCAGUCAGGAACGGGCCCAACUCUGCCGGCCCUGUCUUAAGUACUAACUAUUUUCUUUCUCUUUUCUACUGGUGUAUAAAUAGGUGACAAUGCCGAGCCUCUAGCCACACCUAAUCUUAAAGUUAGAGAGGCAGGAAGACGGUGCUCACCAUUAAUAUAUUAGACAGAGGGACUGUUAAACCUGACAGCCUGGAGAACGGGCGAGCAUACGAGGGAGGGGGAGAGGGGGAGCGAGAGAUCAUCUGGAAGAGGAGAGAGGAAGUGGUGGCGAGGGAGAGGGCGGAGGCGUUGGAGAGACAGAGACUGGCAGAGUACAUCGUGUGGAGGAAGAGAGAGGGCUUCCAGGAGAAGAGAGAAGGCAGAGAGAAGGGAGGAAAGAGUGCAGAGAGCGAGAACGGGGCUGUGCCAGAAGUAAUCUGGAAGAGGAGAGAAGAAGAGGAAGAAGGAGACGCAGGGAGAGAGAGUGCCAGGGCCAUUCAGAGAGGACAUGAAACCAUUUGGAGGAAGAGAGAGAGGGAGUAAAACAGGAAUCCGUGGAAAGAUUUGAGAGUACAAUGCACUUGAAAAGUAGGUGUUAAAGAAAGCGUGCUGCGUUGGAUACCAGCCAUACAUCAGUAAGCCUCCUCUCUCCUUAGCAGUUCUGGGCUUUAUUGAGCUCUGCAGGUGCUCACUGUAGUAUCGAACAAUUGGCGCUGUGCAUUGUGUGUGUGUCGCUAACGUGUUCGUGCGCAAAGCCCCCUUUGCAAUCCCCUCGUUGGCCGCUAAUAGGAUUUUUAUAGGCUUGUGUCAAAUAGGAUAGAGCUGCCAAGGGGAGCUGCUUCACACUUGCAUGCAUGUGCACACUUCAACACACACACACACACACAGAUAAUCUAAGAAGCAUUGUGGGCAGGGAAGGUUUAUACUGCCUCACACACAUGUAAACACAUCACGUACAAGAGCGCACCCCUCAGUGCAAAGACACGAGGGGGGCGUUGAGAGACACUUGUGCUGAUUCUCCACGGUGCUGCCGACAGCUGGAUAACUAACCCUCACUGAGUUUUACAUUAUGGCAAAAACACCAAGCUGAACACUUUUGUGAAGGUCGUGUCAUCCCCAGUCUCUGGGAACACAAUGAACAUUGAUGCAGAUUUAAGUGAACUGAUGACAACAUGAUCUGCACUGGUGCACUGAAAACAAACGUUUUCCAUCUGCAUUCUACCAUUAACUGGGACAUCCCACUUUUCCUCUGCGCCUUCUCUCAUUCUGCUGUCACCGAGGGUAAAGCCGUUUUUGAAGCAGUUUGGUUUCGGCCGCCUGGUAAAGAGAGGACAGACAACCAGACAGAUGGAUGCCGCUCUUACGCUGAGGGAGACAGACAGAUGGCUGUGUGUCCUUUUAGAGAAAAACUUUGAAUACUGAGACAAAGAGACUUUGAUUGAAAGCCUGUGUAGACUUGUGCGGAUAUAAAAAAAACUGACACUGCAGAUUCAUUAUGGAGCUUGUCCCAAAAACCAAGUACACCCACUUUCGGAGUGAAUCUCUGAGCUCGACUGAUGAAACAAACUCCAAUCCAUCGUCGUUCCCUCCUUCCAGUCCUGCCACCCCGCUCACUCCCUCCCCUGGUCUACCUUCUUCUCUCUCCUCCUCGUCUCUCACUCCCAUCUUGCCCCCCUCUUCUCCCCGCCAGGCUGAGAACAGCCCCACCACCCUGUGCUCCUUCUUUCCCAGGAUGGGAUCCCUUCGCCUGGGUGUCUCUGCCACUCUUCUCCCGGGACUCAAGGCCUCAAGCAGGCACCAGCCGCCUCAUGCGCCUGUUGAGUCCUCUGGGGACGACAGAAGCCGCUCCAGCUCCUCCCCUCCGUUUCCUCACCAAAUUCCCCCUUUAACCGCUCCUUUCCCCCCUCCCCGACCUCCUCUGCAGGACAUGAACCGGCUGGGAGGGCCGUCCAGGAGGGCACGCGUGGAAGGAGGGCAGCUGGGAGGAGACGAGUGGACGCGCCAUGGCUCCUUUGUCAACAAGCCCACCCGCGGCUGGCUGCACUCCGACAGUGUGGUCAGCACCACCGGUGUUUCCUACAGUGUGCGGUACAUGGGUUGUGUGGAGGUGCUCCAGUCAAUGCGAGCGCUGGACUUCAACACCAGAACUCAGGUCACCAGGGAGGCGAUCUCUGUGGUGUGCGAGGCCGUGCCCGGAGCCAAAGGAGCCCAGCGCAGGAGAAAGCCUUCUUCUCGCUGUAUGACAUCUAUCCUGGGGAAGAGUAACCUGCAAUUUGCCGGCAUGACAAUCAGCCUCACCAUCUCCACCAGCAGCCUCAACCUGCUGGCCGCAGACUGCAAACAGAUAAUCGCCAAUCAUCACAUGCAGUCCAUCUCCUUCGCCUCUGGAGGAGACCCAGACACGGCUGAGUACGUAGCAUAUGUGGCCAAAGACCCAGUCAACCAGAGAGCUUGUCAUAUCCUGGAGUGCUCAGAGGGUUUAGCCCAGGAAGUCAUCAGCACUAUCGGCCAGGCCUUUGAACUGCGUUUCAAACAGUACCUAAAGAACCCACCAAAACUGGUCACACCUCAUGACAGAAUGGCUCCGUUUGACGGCUCUGCAUGGGAGGAAGAAGAUGAUGAGGCUGCUCCAGCUCCUGACGUCCCUUACUAUAAUAAUUUCCCUGGAAAACAGCCUCCCCCUGGUGGACUGAUUGACAUGAGGACCCGCCCAGGUGCCACGCUGCCUUAUGGACAGCCAGGCCAGAAUGACAUCCACAAGCAGCCUCUGCCGCCUAUACCAGUGGGUGCCAAAGAAGGGACACGAGAACUGUUUGAUGACCCUUCAUACGUCAAUGUGGACAAACCCCGUCCCCCAGUGUCAGCUAAUGGAAACGCUCACAGAGAUGCUUUUGACAUGAAGCCGUUUGAUGAUGCCCUGGGAGUCUCCGGGCACGGCGGCCCAAACUCGGUGACCACAGCGCCCCCUCUGGUGGAGCAGUUGCAGUGCGAGGCCUGGUUCCACGGUAGCUUAAAUCGCAGAGAAGCAGAGAGGCUGCUGACCCGCGAUGGAGACUUCCUCGUGCGAGAGUCUGGGACCACGCCCGGACAGUACGUCCUCACGGGUCAGCAGGGAGCUCAGCCCAAACACCUGCUACUAGUCGACCCAGAAGGAGUGGUCCGUACAAAAGACCAUCGGUUUGAAAGUGUGAGUCACCUGAUCAGUUACCACAUGGACAACAGACUCCCCAUCGUGUCAGCUGGAAGCGAAGUGUGUCUGCAACAGCCAGUAGAGCGCAGGGCCUGACGCUACACGCACCAAUGAAAUACUCCACCGAAUAUGCACACACACACACACUCCUGCAGCAAUUCAACACAAGACAAACGCAUCUUCAUAGGAUAUAAUAUACACAGCAACACUACACUUCACACAGACGCGUACAUAUGUAUACAAUAAUAUAUAUAUAUGCAUAGACCAUUGCAAAGAAAGCCAAAAAAAGAAGAAAAAUGUAAAAUAACUCACUUGCUGCUGUUGCUACAUAUCCCUCUCCUUUCUGAAAGCCAAACUGUGACCUGCGGUCUUCGACAACAACUAUCAGGCGCAUCUCUCCACAACGGAGAAGCACUGCUGCAAUUUCUCAACAGCCUACUGUGAACCAGGGAGAAGCCCUUCGCUCAUUUUAGAACAGGGCAGAAAACAAAUACAUUUUCUUUUUUAAUAAGGAAAAACAAAUAUAUUAACAUGCGAUUUAUGAAAAACAAAAAACACUUAACUAAUACAUGGAAUCUUGUACAAAGAAAAUAUCAGUGAGGAAAAGUGAAGAAAGGAGCAUAAAUGGGACAUUGAAUGAGAUUUGCAAGGCUUUUCAACAAAUGUUGUUUUAUUCAGGGAAAUGAUUUCCCUCCUCAGACUGUUGCUGGAGCAUAUUAGGCAAAACACAAACUGGAUGGUAGUGGUUCUUUGUUUCAGAGACUGACCCAGGCUCGGACAUAAACUCUUCACUUCAAGUGUCACUGGAGCACCUCAGCGGCAAACCUGACUUCAAAAAGAAAUUCUGCCUGGUGAAUAUGCAAAAAACGAGUUUGCUUCCAAUCUAAUCAGGAGAGCCACCCUGUCCCCAACCACUCCCCUUUUAAGGAGGUUUGAACUUUGACCCCUGGAGUGAUAUCUGGUGAUAAUGAAAGCCUGUAUGCAAAACUUGGGGGACUGCUAUGCCAAUGACGAUGUUCUUUUUUCUCUUUUUUUUUCUCCCACGACUGUUAUGUUGGGACUCUUGUUGGACAUUCUGAGUUGAGGAGGAUCUAAACAGCUGCACCUUCCUAAUCCCUCCGCAAACAUAGAUACACCUUCACACCACACACGGUCUGCACCACCUGUCAUGCCAAAGAACAUGAACUUGGUCGCUAACACGACUACUAUCAGCAGUUACUUGUCUCGUGUGCUUACAGACUUGGGAGCAGGUUUAGAUUCAGAUAUGCCUCUUAGAUUGGGCCUGUGAGGGUGAGAAGAGUCUAAGUGAUUGUGUUUUCAAUACAUAGUCAAAAAAGGAGAUCUUGAAAGUAAAUUGUGCGUUGAUGUCGCCCACAAACACAAUAACGAGUCCAUUUCGAGAAGCAUCAUUUUGACCUGUUGCUUUUCAUCGACGCCUUAGUAUGUGUUUGCACUGACAAUCUAUGGGUUAUAUCUUUACAGAGGAUUCUGACUGAAAGCAAAGGAGAGUAGUAAAAGAAGACCGCUUUAAACUUUGGCCAAUGAGAAAUGUCGAAGUGUCCGAGCAAUGAAUUUCCCUCUGCAAAAAAUGAUGCAAAAUAUGUCAUUGUAACUGGUUAGGUAAUUAUUUUUGUGUAUUGUGAUGUUGCUUUAUUUUUUAAACACUUGAGGGAAUAAUGUCCUUUAAAAAAAAAAAAGAAGAAGGAGAAAAAAACGACUUGUUUUGGGGGGUAACUGAAAAUAAGGACAUAAAUGUUUUUGGAGCGUUGCUAAUGUUAAGCCAAAUUGUUGCUCAUCAGUGUGCUGUUUUCACAAACGUUUGAGGAUCUGGGGGGGGGGGGGGGAGAGGUUCACGCUAUUGUUUCUCCUUUCCUCUUCCUCUUCUCCCUCAGUUCAUGAUGAUGAUGUUGUUUUUUAUAUCUUUUUAAUUGUGCCUUGUUUCUUCAAUGCAGUCACGUCACUUCAAUGCAGUCACCUUAUGUACUUAAUUCAAAUGUAGUGGACUGCAGGAGAAUCUUACACACGCCUCUCAGUUAAACAAAGACUCUGCAAAAAUGACACUCCAAUAAACACUCACGUACAGAACCAGUGAUGGCAAUCUC